UCACAGCUCGUGCUUUCAGCUAAUUAGCUAAAGCGCAUUCGUUAAUAUGGACCGAGUCGGCAAUGUUUCAUCAGAAACUAACAAGCAACAAGGCUAAAGACGAAUAUAAAUUAAAUUGUUACAGUUUCUCUUGAGUUCAUGCUCGGCUGAGUGACGUCAUAGCUCACCUGUGGGUGGGAUCUGGGAUUAGCUGUAGCCGCAGGUAAUAGCCAAACAUUGGGGGAAGAGAGAGAGAGMCUGUUUUGUUUAGGUUUUCUAACUAAAUAAGACACGAAUGAGGGGUUGGGUCGUUCGGUCGCGGCUCCGGACUUUAGGUUUUCAGAGUUUCUUGUUCGGUGGAUAAAAAGAAAAGCGGGGGGGAAACACACCUGGAAGUUUGUGUGGGGUUUCGACAUCCGUCAGGUUUUUUUUCUUCUUCUUCGGUUUGAAGCGCGGAGCAGCGAGGAGUUGUUGUCUGUGAGACUUCCGCGGUUUGAAGUUAUCAAGGACACAAAACAACCACGACUGUUUCUUCUUAUGCGGUUCCAGGUAUUUUGAGCCAUGCCUGGCCAAAGCACGGGGACUCCCCAGACGUCCCACCACCACAAACCGCACACCUACCGCUCCAACACGGACAAGUACCGGCAAAACCGAACUAUAUACCGGGAGAGCACGGCCAAGCAAGACUCGUAUAAGAAUCAUCACGUGGAGCAUAUCAAUGUACAUCCCAGGUAUGCAGAAAACAAAUAUGGCCACAGCAAAGGACACCCGCGCAACGGUACGGCCAGGAGCUCAGAGACUAUAGGAUUUAUCCCAGGGUCAGCAGACAGCACGCCGACCAGCAGAGACACAUGUGGCUCCUGUGCCUCGAUGGGAUGGAGUAGCUGCAAGGCUCUUCUCUGCUGUUUACUGACCUGUGGGUUUUAUGGCAGCCGAGAACCUUGUCUCCCCGUUAACGAGAGCUCCACGGACCACCCGCCCAAAUCAGGCAGCGACCCCCCUAAUGGCACGGCUAUGAGCAACCCAACCUGUGGCAUCCCUCUGGAGUCCAACAAGCCCACAAAGACUCCCAAGUUACCCUCGAAUGAAAGCUUCCGUUACCAGGACGUGCGUUUCAGAGGGGAGAUCGUAAAAUACUCCGUCAAUGACCCCAAACGGAGCCGCGCGCCCGUCAAGGGGGAAAGCCAGCGACCGGUCAGCAACACCAGCCUGUUGUCCAACGACUACUACGACGUGGACGACCCAUGCGACAGCACAGACGUGGACUCGCUGAUAACCAAGAAGCUGCUGGAGCUCUACGCCCUUCACCAGAUCGAGGAGCUGGCCAAGUGCACGUCCGACUCGUCCUUCUCCCGCAAGACCAACGAGAUCAGCGAGCUCAUCUACAGCAUCGCCCAGAACUACAACCUGGAGGAGCAGGAGGCCGAGUGCAAGCUGGUGCACGGGGUCAUCCGCAUCAGCACGCGGAAGGCCAAGAAGAAGGCCAGCCACCAGUCGACGGGACACCGUCCCAACGGCAGGAGCGACGGGACGCUCCCCGACAGCGGCAACGAGACCAUGACCUGCAGCAGUGAAUAUCCAGAGGUGAAAGUAUCCGAGCAGACGCCAUCAGAUGAGCUGGCACGAAAAAUGCGGCAGUACAGCGGGAGAGCGUAUUCCUCCACAGCCUACUCGCCCUACCUUCACGACACCGGAACGCACUCCUCAGGUGCUCCUCUGCUUAUUUAAAGGGGGAGAUUAGAAAAAGAUAAAUCAUGUAGCCAAACAGACGAUGUUACUCCUCUGUUGUCUUUUAUGCUGUUACUGAGCGGAGCACCUUUCCUUGGAUGGUUACAGUUCUCCUUUUAAUGGUCACUUUGUUCUUUUUUUGUUUUGUUUUUUUGUUUGUUUUAUGACCAACAGAGGAAACUUUUUUUUUUAACCCUACGGCGGGGUUAUAAGUUUUUAUAAACUUGUAUACAGUGUUUAAGUUUUAGAGAGAGGGAUGACUUCUCUGAAAGCAAACUGAGCAGUCAGAAAGGAUCAAGGCUGAUGGCAGGACAUAACCGUCCUCAUUCUUGUCUUUGUUUCUGUUUUUACAAGUUGUGUUCUUUAUGUGAGAGCCUAUUGUCUUCUACCAUUUCUUUAGUCUGCUGACAUGUAUUUUUUUUAAUUACUCAACUGAAAAUGGUAUUGUUACAUGUAUAAGCCAUAUUUUUAAUGUAAAUACUCCCAAGUCAUUGUUACUUUGUGCCAUUUGGUUAAAUUUUUUGUUUUUAUAARGUGCAUUAAGUCUUAUUUUAAAAUAAAAAUAUCAUUGCUUGUUUAAGCUUUUCAUAUGGUUUUAAUAAAGAGACAACAACAAAAACUA